GAACAAACGGCACUUUUGGUCCUACAGCGAUGCUGCUGCUCUCUGCUAAGACACUCCUGUUUCUGUGAUCGGCUCUUUAUAUGUCCACGAUUAUAUUUGGAUGUUGAUUGUUCAUUGGCUACCUGCCAUACGUAUCCUUCCUCUUCUUCGCAUCAAGCGUAUGGCCGGUGACAUGCACUAGAUGUCGUCCCAGCCGCAGACGCCUUUACCCCAGGUUGGGAAGCUCGUCAGCGUGGUACCCGUUGGGCUAAAAGAAGCCGCUCUCGACUCGCCGACCUUCCGUGCCACCUCUCUCCAUUUCUCCGACCAGAUCGAAUACCUCGAACGAUGGCUAGACGGAUAUGCGAGGGCUGCGUCGAAACUCGCAACCGAAUUCACGGCCCUGGAGGGUAUAGUCGGCGCGUUCCUCUCAUACUCCACCAACCCCCUUAUGGUUUCCGAGGCUGCCCUAGAUCAUGAUUAUACCCUCUUGUCGAUGCGAAGAUGUGGCGACAGCUCCAAGGAUCUAUGGAACGGCCUGAUCGCCACGGCCAGGAAGAUAGAGUCUCUGAUUUCCGAGCCGAUCCGAGCCUUUAUCCAGGAAGACUUGCGAAACUUCAAGGAAACACGACGCAGCCUUGAUCAGACUCAAAGGCAGUACGACUCCUUACUAGCUCGAUACUCAUCCCAGUCGAAGUCAAAAGAACCUUCAGCCCUGAGAGAAGAUGCUUUCCAGCUCCAUGAAGCCCGCAAAGCUUACCUUAAAGCAUCUAUGGAUUUUUCCGUACAAGCCCCGCAGAUACGAAACGCUCUAGAUCGACUUUUGGUUCGGGUGUCAUUUGAUCAAUGGCGGGAGUUUAAGGCGCUUCACCAUAACAAUGGCCCGACUUUUGCGAAGUGGUCCCAGGAAAUGGACCGCAUCAAAGGUUGGGUGCAUGAGAUGGAAGGGAGCGAGAAGCUUUCCAAGCGAGAGCUUUUUACGGCUAGAAAUCAGAUUGAAGAGGCUGCUGAGAUUGCUGCUCGCCCAUCGCGUGAAUUGGACGACUACUCGAUAUCGACAGUUCCGUAUCUUGGCUCUCGCCCACUGUCCGCGCUGAACACCAAAGACGCGCGCCCCGAAAAGCAAGGAUGGGUCAACCUGCGCAUUCUCUCAAACAAGCCCACCCGCGCCACAUGGGUCAGACGCUGGGCCUUCUUGAAAAAUGGAAUCUUUGGAUGCCUGGUUCAGGGCCACAGAACUGGUGGUGUUGAAGAGAGUGAGAGGAUUGGCGUUCUACUCUGCAGCAUUCGACCAGCAUUCCAGGAAGAAAGAAGGUUUUGCUUUGAGGUCAAAACGAAAAGCAAUAAUAUAAUGCUUCAAGCGGAGACACAGAAGGAGCUCAUGGAUUGGAUUGCUGCAUUCGAGGCUGCGAAGCGGAAAGCGUUGGAAAAUCCAACGAGCGGCGACAUUUCAGUUUCUGGGAAACUAACCGUUCAGGACCCUGCAUUUGCAAUUUCGCAACCUCCAGCUCCCGAAUUUGCUGCGGACCCUGCUGACUCCCUCACCCCUAACGUUAGUGAGGAGCAAAGUACAUCGGAACGCAGUGGCAUGCUUCCACUGCCAGACCGAGAUCCAUCUGCUUUUAGGAAUAGUACCGACCUUGGAAGUCACCGGCGACUGACCCUGGACCCUGAGAGCCCUGCACGGGAUCACACCUCGCGGAUUAUUCAAAAGCUCGAUCUUCAUCGGAGGUCUAACAACACGGUGCAGCCUUUUAACUCAAUCCCGGGUGCCGGAGGGGGCAUAGCCAGUCUGAUUUCUGCGAGUAAUCAUGCUGUUUUGUCCAUCGAGCACGAUGGACCCAAAACAGUUGCCGCCUCAACCUUGGCGCCUACUACUUUGGCUAACCCACCUGCUCCUACGAGCUUGAGCAAGGCGGCCGUGAUUGUCAGCAACGACAGAGGAAUAGGAUUAGGCCAGGCCGAUAAAACCGGGGGAAUGCCUAGUGGGAUGAUGGCAAAUUUGUGGGGUAGCUGGAAUUGGGGAUUUAUGAAUCGACUUGACGUCGAGCAUCUGGGACAAGGCGAAGAAAAGAGCCAGGGUCAAGAGUCUGUGACGUCUCAGCCAAAUAUUGACUCCUCCGCCUUGAAAGCAGACACAAACACACCCAGCGGUGCUUCUGGCCCGAAGCCCAAAUCGCCCAAAUCGCGUCACCGACAGACGGUGAGCCUGGAUGGGGAUGCAUGUAAAGUGCAACGGGCAAUAAUUGGUAUCGCACACGAAUACCCUAGCUAUUACCCACCCGAGCUUAAAUUCCAGGAUGCCCAAUUUCGCCUGCUUUUCCCGAAUAUUAAGAGGGAGGAAUCUUUGGUCUUGGUGUUCCGGGCGACUUGGAAUCCAAAUGACCAGCAAGAGUUCCCAGGGCGAGCUUACGUUACUACCCAGAAUCUCUAUUUCUACAGUCACUAUUUUGGCCUCGUGCUGACUACAAGCGUCCCUCUGGAGCUGAUCAAGGAGGUCACUGCCGCUCCAGGAAGAGACUGUGACUUCCUCUUCCUCCACACUAUCCCGCCUCCCGGAAAUGAUACCCCGGGUCGUCUAACCGUCAAGACCUUCCUGGAACCGCUGCGGCUGCUCCAGAAACGUCUUAAUUUCCUAAUCCACGAUGCGACUGCUGUUGAGCCCAUGGGACUAGAGGCUAUUUUCAAGGCUCUUACAAAAAUGGAUACAGAGAGCACGGCGCGGACCCCAAGCUUAGACAGUUGGGAGGACGUGGCUGCGGGUGACAAGACUGAAGAUAGCGAUGAUGGUCCUGGCCAAACUACAAAGUCAGAUUUUCGAUCACCCAUCUACAUCGACAAGAAUUUGGAUAUGCAUUCGAACAAAGGCAGUGAUAUCCCAAAAUUCAGACUGCCAACGCAGCCUGUCCAGUACGUUCCCCAGGGAAAUCUCCGUCUUGCGGUGGAGAAAGUAUUUGAUAUCAGCCCGAAAGCUGUAUUCCAUAUACUUUUUGGUGAUAAGAGCGCUGUUUGGCAGCUCCUUUUGUAUCAGAGACGAGCUCAGGAUAUUAAACAAGGACCGUGGGUUAGAAAUGAGUCCCGCCACCUUAAACGAGAUAUUCAGUAUCAGAUUAAGACGCCUGAUGUAUUCGGCCGAACAAAUGCAAAGGACAUAUUCGAUUAUCAGAUGAUCGAUGUCCUUAAUGAUCAUUUGUGCUAUGUGAUAACAGACAAACGCACACCUUGGCACCUUCCUUUCAGGCGCAAUUUUAGGCUGGUCAGUAAAAUUGUGAUCACUUUUGUGGCAAAGGGAAAGAGUAAGCUUUCUAUCUAUACGAAAGUGGAAUGGCUAUGGACCCCCUAUGGUCUUCAACAUGUUAUUGAUAAACAAGCCAUUGGUGACUUGGAGGAAGAUGCCAUGGACCUCCUUGAUCUUGUCGGUGACCAGGUGCGCAGGCUCGGCGCACACAGCCGGACGAAGAAAGCAAUUACGAUUUUCGGCCAUGUGGGACGACAGAGCCAUACCUCCCAGUUAUCGACUGAGCAAGAUGCAAAACAAGAGCCUCGCAGGCCUCGCACUCAAAGAUCGCUAUUCCAACUUCUGCAUGAGACGUUUUUUUCCUUCCUCGAGAGCGCUAUUUCGUCGGUUAUGAUUUGGUUGUUUGCUCUUCUACGCUGGGGUUGGAAAACUACAAAGGCUAACAGAGUCAUCCUUGCGCUACUUUUGUGCAGUGUGGUGUUAAAUGGUCUCUUUUCAUCGCGAGCUACUAUUGAUUGGUGGCACGAACGGAACGUUGGGAAGUUUAUGUCUCGGAUCGGGGUUCACCCUGAUCAUGUUAUGAGUAAAGCUCUCUAUAUGCGAGACAUUGACGAAGCAAUCGCAAACUUGACUAUCGGGCAAACGAGUGAUAAUGUAAGCGAUUGUUUCUAUACCUUCCAACAGCAGACGAUAAGGGAUUCAACAACUCCGUCAUAUCUGGGGAUGUCUACCCGGAAAGACUGGGUUGCGAGAAGCGCAGCCAAGAGGAUCCAGCAGACCCGUGAACGACUCAGUGUAUAUCGACAUAAUCUUCUUGUUGCGAUCAGGGUCGUCAACAGCAUUGAGAAAGAAGUUCUUCAGAACGAAUGGGAGCGUUGGCUUCGCCAAGAGCUACGCCGCUGCCAUCAGGUCGAGGACCUCAUCGAGAGAAAAGAAGAACACGAGAGGAGGAGCGAAGGACAGGAAGACCAGGUCGCCAACGGCGUUUUCACAGUCCUCACUGACGAUGUCAAGCAGUGGUACGAAACCUACUGCUCCAGUUGCCAGAAGGAGCAGGAGCAAUUGGACACGAAUAUACAUGCGUGAUGUUUCAUCAUUAGCAUCCAACCUUCGGCAGCGAAAUGGGGUCGCUGAACUGUGUAUUUAGUAUCGGUAUCGAUCCUUGUGGAUUGUUGUUAUAAUACCCGAAUAUAUUUGAUCGAUUUGUCGUUGCGCCAAAGUAUUUAGGAGUCUCGCGCCGUGUCUGGCGCACGUAUUUUUAUCCCUCCCAACCCCAUAUAGCUUUCCCGCAAGAGUAGAUUCCAAUAAAU